CACCGCGGGGCCAUCGGGCUGUGGCCCCGUCCCCGUCCCCGUCCCGGUGGUGGCCGUGCCAGGCCCGGGGGUGGCGGCGGCGCUGCCCAACGGGGCCCCCCCGGGUCCCCCUGCGGUGACCGAUGACAGCAAAACCAACCUGAUCGUCAAUUACCUGCCCCAGUCCAUGAGCCAGGAGGAGCUGAGGAGCCUCUUCGGGAGCCUCGGGGACAUCGAGUCCUGCAAGCUCGUCCGGGACAAGGUCACCGGGCAAAGCCUGGGCUAUGGCUUCGUCAACUACGUGGAGGCCGGCGACGCCGACAGAGCCAUCGGGGCCCUCAACGGCCUCAAGCUGCAGACCAAGACCAUCAAGGUGUCCUACGCCCGGCCCAGCUCGGCGUCCAUCCGCGACGCCAACCUGUACGUGAGCGGCCUGCCCAAGGCCAUGGGGCAGAAGGAGAUGGAGCAGCUCUUCUCCCAGUACGGCCGGAUCAUCACCUCCCGGAUCCUCGUGGAUCAGGUCACAGGUGUGUCGCGGGGGGUGGGCUUCAUCCGCUUCGACAAGCGCGUGGAGGCCGAGGAGGCCGUGCGGGGGCUGCACGGGCAGAAGCCCCUCGGGGCGGCCGAGCCCAUCACGGUCAAGUUCGCCAACACCCCCGGGCAGAAAUCGGGGGGGGCCCUGCUGAGCCUGUGCCCCGGAGCCCGGCGCUACGGGACCCUGCACCCCCCAGCACAGCGAUUCCGCCUGGACAAUUUGCUGAACGUGGCGUACGGGGUGAAGAGCCCCUUGUCGCUGCUGCCCAGGUUCUCACCGUUGGCCAUCGAGGCGGUGCCGGCGCUGGCCGGGGUGGGCUUGGGGACCCCCGGCCCGGGCUGGUGCAUCUUCGUCUACAACCUGGCCCCGGAGGCGGACGAGAGCGUCCUGUGGCAGCUCUUCGGGCCCUUCGGCGCCGUCACCAACGUCAAGGUCAUCCGCGACUUCGCCACCAACAAGUGCAAAGGCUUCGGCUUCGUCACCAUGACCAACUACGAGGAGGCGGCCAUGGCCAUCGCCAGCCUCAACGGCUACCGCCUGGGCGACCGCGUGCUCCAGGUGUCCUUCAAGACCACCAAGCAGCACAAGGCCUGAGGUUUGGGCCCCAGCUGGCGCGGGGGUCUCCCGUCGGGACCCCCCUGGAGAAGCUCUCAGCUGGAGGUUCUGGGGACCCCCUCCGUGGGCACCAUGGGGGCCGUGGAGGAAGAGACCUGGAGAUCUUGGGGAGCUUCAGGGAUCUCACCAUGAGCACCAUGGAGAACAUGGAGAACUCAGCUGGAGGCCUGGAGACCUUGGGGAGCUUCAGAGACCUUCAGGGAUCUCACCAUGAGCACCAUGGAGAACAUGGAGAACUCAGCUGGAGAC